AUGGCUACGAGGGACGCUCGCGACCGCGCCCCGCGCGUCAAGAAUCGUGCUCCGGCAGCAGUGCAGAUCACUGCUGAGCAGAUUCUUCGUGAGGCCCAUGACCGUCAGGAGAUCGCCGUCGAGGCGCCGAAGCAGCGUAUCCAGGACUUGGAGGAGCUGCAGGAGUACCAGGGACGGAAACGUACCGAGUUUGAAGGCCGCAUCCGGUAUAACCGCGAUGCGAUCAUCGUGUUCGAGCGAGCCCUUGACGUCGACCCGCGGUCAGUCCCGCUGUGGAUCAAGUACACGGACAUGGAGCUGAAGGCGCGCAACAUUAACCACGCGCGCAACCUGUACGACCGCGCCGUGACGCUGCUCCCUCGCGUCGACGCCCUCUGGUACAAGUAUGUGUACCUGGAGGAGCUUCUGCUCAAUAUUGCGGGUGCGCGCCAGAUCUUCGAGCGCUGGAUGCAGUGGGAGCCGGACGACAAGGCGUGGCAGUCGUACAUCAAGCUCGAGGAGCGGUACAACGAGCUCGACCGCGCGAGCGCCGUCUACGAGCGCUGGAUCGGCACACGGCCGAUCCCCAAGAACUGGGUGCUGUGGGCCAAAUUUGAGGAGGAGCGCGGCAAACCCGACAAGGCGCGCGAGGUGUUCCAGACCGCGCUCGAGUUCUUUGGCGACGACGAGGACCAGAUCGAGAAAGCCCAGGUCGUGUUUGGCGCUUUCGCCAGGAUGGAGACGAGAUUGAAGGAGUACGAGCGUGCGCGUGUCAUUUACAAGUUUGCUCUGUCUCGUCUGCCGAGAUCCAAGUCUGCCAACUUGUACGCGGCUUACACGCGGUUCGAGAAGCAGCACGGCGACCGAUCCGGUGUGGAGCUGACGGUGCUCGGAAAGCGGAGAAUCCAGUAUGAGGAGGAGCUCGCCUACGACGGAACAAACUAUGACGCGUGGUUCUCGCUUGCUCGUCUGGAGGAGGAUGCGUACCGGGCUGCGCUGGAGGACGGCGAGGAGGCGGACCCAUCGCGCGUGCGCGAGGUGUACGAGCGCGCCGUCGCCAACGUCCCGCCCGCGACGGAGAAGCGUUACUGGCGACGAUACAUCUACCUGUGGCUGCAGUACGCCGUCUUCGAGGAGUUGGACACGCAAGACUACGACCGGGCACGCGACGUGUACAAGGCUGCGAUCAAGCUCGUUCCGCACAAGCAGUUCACGUUUGCCAAGCUGUGGCUGCAGUAUGCCUACUUUGAGAUCCGGCGGCUGGACGUGAACGCGGCGCGCAAGGUGCUCGGCGCCUCGAUCGGCAUGUGCCCGAAACCCAAGCUGUUCACGGGCUACAUUGAGCUGGAGAUGCGGCUACGCGAGUUCGACCGCGUGCGAACACUGUACGAAAAGUUCCUGACGUACGACCCGUCAUUGUCGUCAGCGUGGAUUCAGUGGACUCAGGUGGAGGGCGCCGUCGAGGACUUUGCGCGUGUGCGCGCCAUCUUUGAGCUCGCCGUGCAGCAGGAGCUGGACAUGCCCGAGCUGGUGUGGAAGGCCUACAUCGACUUUGAGGUGGAGGAGGGCGAGCGCGAGCGCGCGCGGCACCUGUACGAGCGCCUCCUGGAGCGGACGGGGCACUACAAGGUGUUCACGUCGUAUGCGCUCAUGGAGGCGUCCCCGAUCGGCGGAGGCGAGGACGAGGACGGGAACGAGAUCGAGGGCGAGGAGGGGGACGCGGAGCGUGCCCGCGCCAUCUUCGAGCGCGGGUACAAGGACCUCCGCGCUCGGGGAGAGAAGGAGGACCGCGCACUCCUCCUCGAAGCCUGGGCCAGUUUCGAGGACGAGCACGGCAGCGACGAGGACCGCGCGCGCGUCGCCGAGCUCAAGCCGCAGACGCGCAAGCGCUGGCGCACAGAGGAGAAUGGCGAGCUCGGGGAGUACUGGGACCUCGUGUUCCCCGACGACGAGCGCGAGAGCAACCCGACCACCUUCAAGUUCUUCCAGGCCGCGCAGCAGUGGGCCGCGAACAAGGAGAAGGGCGGCCUGUCGUACGACAUGUCUGACUCGGACAGCGACAGCGACGAGGACGAGGACGGAGAAGGAGACAAGGACGAGGACAUGGAGCAGGACGACUAG